AUGAAACCUCACAGACUCCUAAACCCUCACACUCUUAAACCCCAGAACCUCAGAUCUCCUUUCUCCUCACUAACCCAACCCUCCCCUCCUCCUCCUCCUCCGCCCAUUACCCACCUCUCCCUCCUCAACUCCAUCCAAACCUCUCACUGGCAUUUCAUCCAACACCUCCCACCCAACCUCCCAUCCUCUCUAGUCUCCCAAACCCUCUUCUCCCUCCACCAAACCCCUCACCUCGUCCACCGCUUCACCUCCCAUUUCGACCUCCGCCGCCUCGACACCGACACCCAAUGCCUCGCCGCCGCCAUCCUCGCCGCCCUCCCCUCCCCAAAACCCUCCAUCGCUCUCCUCAAGCAGCUCCUCGGCUCCGGCAUUGCUCCAAUUCGAGACGUCUUCGACUCGCUGGCUAAAGCCCGAACGCGCCUGGGUGCGCAGAGCGGCGUCGUUUUGGACCUCCUGGUGAGUGCUUGCUGUGAAUUGAAGAGAGCUGAUGAGGGUUUUCAAUGCUUUAGGUCGAUGACGAGUGCGAAUGUGAUGCCGAAAACCAGGACUUGUAAUGAGCUGUUGAGCUUGUUUUCGAAGAUGAAUCGGACCGAGACGGCGUGGGUUUUGUAUGCUGAGAUGUUUAGGUUGAAGAUCAAGUCGAGUGUUUGUACUUUUAAUAUUAUGAUCAAUGUGUUGUGUAAAGAAGGGAAGCUGAAGAAGGCCAAGGAGUUUCUCGGGUUGAUGGAGCUUUUGGGGGUUAAGCCGAGUGUUGUUACUUAUAAUACUAUCAUUCAUGGGUUUUGUGUGAGAGGGAGAGUUGGAGGGGCUCAGUUGAUUUUGAGUGAUAUGAAAGGGAGAGGAGUUAAGCCGGAUUCGUACACCUAUGGAUUGCUUAUUAGUGGGAUGUGUAAGGAGAGAAGGCUUGACGAGGCGUCUGGUCUUUUUGAUAAAAUGCUGGAAAUUGGGCUGGUUCCGAGUGCUGUGACUUAUAACAUUCUGAUUGAUGGUUAUUGCAAUAAGGGUGAUCUGGACAGGGCUUUUGGUUAUAGAGAUGAGAUGGUGAAGAAGGGUAUCAUGCCGACUGUGUUGACUUACAAUUUGUUGAUUCAUGAGUUGUUUAUGGAAGGUAGGGUGAGCGAAGCUGAGGGUAUGGUUAGAGAGAUGGAAGAGAAAGGGAUGGCUCCUGAUGCCAUUACCUAUAAUAUUUUGAUUAAUGGGUACUGCAGGUCUGGCAAUGCGAAGAAGGCGUUUAUCCUUCGCGAUGAAAUGUUGAGUAAAGAGAUAGAGCCUACUAAGGAAACUUAUACGUCACUUAUUUAUGUUUUGAGUAAAAGGAAUAGGAUGAAUGAGGCAGAUGACUUGUUUGAGAAGAUACAGCGUAAGGAUGUUCUGCCGGAUCUUGUGAUGUUCAAUGCUUUGAUUGAUGGUCAUUGUGCUAAUGGUAAUAUGGAGCGUGCAUUUUCGCUUUUGAGUGAGAUGGAUAAAAUGAAGGUUCAUCCAGAUGAAGUGACUUACAAUACCCUAAUGCAAGGCCGCUGCAGGGAAGGGAAAGUUGAGGAAGCUCGGGAACUUCUGGAUGAGAUGAAGAGAAGGGGAAUCAAGCCUGAUUUCAUUAGUUACAACACCCUCAUUAGUGGACAUAGUAAACGAGGUGAUAUGAAUGAUGCCUUCAAAGUUCGAGAUGAGAUGUUGAGUAUAGGUUUCAAUCCUACACUUCUAACGUACAAUGCUCUUAUCAAAGGUCUAUGCAAAAACCAAAACGGUGAUGUUGCUCAAGAGCUCCUUAAAGAGAUGGUGAGCAGAGGGAUUACUCCUGAUGACAACACAUAUUAUUAUCUGAUCGAGGGGAUUGAGAAUGUUGAGGAAUUUCUCAAAAAGGGUGAGUCAUGAAGUCUCUUUCUCCAUGUAUAGUACUUCUAAUGGCAGUGGUGUACUCGAACCAACUUCUAGUUCUAGAAGGUUGUUUUGGUUACUUCCUCAAGAUGACCUGACAAGCUCAACUCAGGU